GUGGCUAAUGCUCUCUAGAGCUGGAAUGUGCGAGCUGAGCAAGGGAUUCUUCUGGCUUGGCCGUGGCGCAGCCCCGUGUGAUCUCUCUGGCUCAGCUGCUCUCUGCAUCUGGGACAGCCGGCUGGCGUGAUGGCUUCGGCCGAGCAAUCCCCUGUGCCCCUCCAACACCACAACCUCUGCAGCCGCAUCAUCCUCCUGGCCAGGAAGAUCCGCUCCGACGUGGCCAGCCUCCUGGAGUCCUAUGUGGAGAGGCAGGGGCUGGACAGGACCAUCAGCCUGGACUUGGUGGAUGGCGUGCCAGUUGCGGCCGUGGAGCAAGGGGGCGAGCUGACGGUGGCCGAGCAGUUGGGCACCAACCUGCAGGCGUACCGGGCAUUCCAGGCGCUGCUGGGCGAGGUCCUGGAAGAGCAGAGGUCUCACCUGACCCCGCUGGACACGGACUUCCACGCCUCCAUCCAGGCCGUCCUGCUGCAGGUGGCGGCCCUGGCCUACCAGCUGGAGGAGCUGCUGGCAUUGCUGGGCCACAGCAGGCCCGCCUGGGAGGCAGCCGGCCCCGAGGCCCCGGGCCGUCACAGCUUGUUCGAGAUGAAGCUGCGGGGGCUGAAGGUGCUGCAGGAGCUGGCUCACUGGACUGUGCGGUCCGUGCGAGACCUGCGCCGGGUUGCCACGCACAGCCAGGGCUCUGGCACUGCCCAUGGGGGCCAGGCCCAGAAGGAAUGAGGCCGCCUGCCACUGGGGCAGAUGGGGCCUCCCCAUCCCCCCUCCCUUCAGCAAGCGAGGAGCUGGGGUGGGGGAGGGUGCUCUCCCACCCAAGGGUCGGGUCUAGACUCUGGCUCUGGGGUGGCUCAGCGGAGGGCAGGGGGGUUGAGGGAAGGUGGGGGAAGGGUACCUGUGUGGCGAGAGGGGGACAGGAGGCGGCUCCCGACUCCCACUUCUCGGCUUAGAAGCUGAUGGCCCCACUUGUUUGCUGGGGGGAGGGAGCUGUGAAGCGGCUGGAGCCCAGAGUAGCUCCUGUGGGGUGGGGGUAGGGACUGCCCUGGUGGGAAAAGGAGGCAGGGCUGCUGCAGGGAUCCCCCACAUGUCCCAGCCCGGGUCCCCCUCUUCUCUCUCCCACUGAGCUGCUGCCCUCUGCCCCAUGGCUAAUCCCUAGCACUGGGGAGGUGGGCAUGAGCAGACAGAAGUGAGUGGAAUGAAAUAUCUGCGGGGUGGGGGAGAGGGGACAGACUUCCAAGGCAGUCAGAGGGAGAUGGGGAUGGAGGGUUGUCUGAGACAGAGGGAGGAGGCUAGAUGACUGGGGAGGAACCCGGAGCUGCUGCAGGGAGUCGUCCUACCCACCUCCCACAUGGUUUGAGGCCAGUUGAGGCCAUCGCCGAGUUCCCACCUAGCACCACGUGUCUCCUGCCCUGAGAUUACAGUAGCUCUAUUUGAUGGUCUUGCUACUGGGGGCUGAGCUCUUAAGGGAAGAAGGCCAGACAAGCGCCUUCAUCUCACUGCCCCCCCACCCUGACCAUGGAAGUUGGGGUCUCCUCUCCCGCCCCUCCUCCUAGCCUUGGCUGCAUUUAACCAGUGUGUUGGCGCUUGGAGAGCUAACCAGGAAGUAACGGCUCCUGCUUAAGACCGGUGGCGCUCCUGAGCUGGGGGCCAUGUGCCGCUGCACCAGAUACUCCAUGAAACCCACUAGGGCCUGCGCUGUUGCUGUUGGUUUGACAUGAUGCCCAGAUGCUAUGGUGAUGGGCAGCAGGAUAAAACCCAUGAAAGUCAAGUAAGCAGCAAACCCUAUCUGCCUGAUGCAGAAGAUGCUGCAGGACCUGGCUUGCUGAAGCGUGAGACCUGUCUGGCUAGGACCUUAAGCCCUUUCCAGACCCUGAUCCCCAUUUUCCAAGUGGGGAAACUGAGGCCUAGAAUUGGGCAAGGUCACACAAGAAGCUUGCAUCAGCCACAGGAGGGGAGCUGAGAUCUGCCCACCUGUCCUGCCCCUUAACCAUGUGACCCACAAGACUGGACUGAUUGAUCUAGCUGCUUUGGGGCCACACACACCCUCCUGCAUCUGCUCUGGAGACAGGGCAAGAGCAGCCUCCCAAUGUACAGAGAAGGCUUGAAAAAGUGUGUUCUGUUUUGUUUGCCCCGCUUUUCCUGACUGCCGCCUUGAACGGAUGGAGAACAGGGGUAGGAUCUGGCAUGAGAGAUCCAGAUUAAGCACAAAAAGAAGUGACUUUUAUUCAGACGGGGGGGGGGGGUCUUUUUAAGCAUGCAUUUAACUCAAGCGCUUUGCAAACAGGUAGGAGAGAAGAGCUCUGUUAAAAAUAAAUUCAACUGAGGGCUGGAAA